UAACUUUGAUCUAAUUCAUAGUGAUAUAGCGGGUUUUUCCUUCUUUAAAAUUUCGUUGGUUUAGCGAUUAUCAUUAUCGUAAUAUCCGUUAUUAUUAAUAUUUAUUUUAUUUAUUCUGUUAUAGACACUGGCCACUGGGCGCUAUUCUUAUAAUUCUUACUUGCAGUGUACCUUUUUGUGGUAAACUCCUUUUAAGUUUAAACUUAAUAUUUAUUGUUCAAGUAAUAUAUUUUUGUCAAAGGAUCUUCUCUUGAUUGAUUAAAAUGCCUUCUGAAGUAGUACAGAAAGAAGCUGAGAUUGGUGUUGAAGAGAAAGAUAUUAUUGAAAAAAUCGAUACAAAAACGGAGACAAAAGAAAAUGGUUCGCAAGAAACCAAAACUGAUGAAAUUCAAACAAUUGAUAAAUCAGAAGAAUCUAAAAUCAAUGAAGAAGAAUUAUCUGAAAGUGAAAACAAAGAAAACGAAGAACCUACUGCUGAAGAUAUUGAGUUGCAAAAAAAGCGUGCUGAACAACUUUUAACUGAUGGAAAACGUCAUUUAAUAAUUAAAGAUUUCCAAGUAGCUGUUGAUGUUUUAAGCGAAGCGUGCAGUUUAUUUGGAACCAUAUAUAGUGAAUUGGAUGAAAAAUGUGCAGAAGCUUAUUUCAAUUAUGGAUGUGCCCUUCUUGAACUUAGUAAGAAUCAAAUAAGUCCUGUUGGACUAGAAGAAAAAGACGAGGAAGAAAAUGACGAUGAAACUUCAACUGAAGAAAUGGAUUCAAAUAAUGUGACAAACGAGGAUAAUAAAGUUUCUAUAACUGAUGUCAUUAAUGAAGUAGAAAAAGAAGAAACGGACAAUGUUGAUGACAACAAAUCAACUGAAAAAAAAGAAAAUUUACCUGAGGAAACAUUGGUUGAUGUAAAAGAAAAUGAAGUUGGAGAAGAACAGUCCAUUGAAAAAGAAAAUUUGUCUGUCGAUGAAGGAGAAAAACCAGAUGAAGAAGAUGUUGGAGAAGAUGAUGUUAAUGAUUUACAGAUUGCUUGGGAAAUGCUUGAUUUGGCAAAAGUGAUUUAUAAAAACAAAGAUACAGAAGAAUCAAAACUUAAACUUGCUGAAGUAUUAAUGAAAUGUGGAGAAGUAAGCAUUGAAGAUGAAAAAUUUGAUACAGCUAUUCAAGACAUGACGGAGUCCUUGGAAAUCCGAAGGUUAUUAUUACCAGAGGACAGUCGUAUCAUUGCUGAGACUUUAUUUCAAUUGGGUAUAGCACAGGAGUUAGGUGGAAGUGGUGAACAAGCAAUUGAGUUGUUAUCUGAAGCUGUAACCGUUUUAAAUCAUAAAAUUAAAACUUUGGAAAAUAUGAACAAUGACAGUGACAUAAUCAAAGCAGAAAUUGCUGAAGUUAAAUCUAUUAUUCCCGAAAUACAAGAAAAAAUUGUAGAUAUCAAAGAACGUAAAAAGGCUGCUGUAAGUGCAUUGUUAGCUGCUGUAGGUGCUUCCAACUUGGCUACAACAAAUGGUGAAACAUCAUCAACAAUCAAACAGGCAUCCAAUAUCAGUCAUUUGGUACGCAAAAGACCUAAACAGGAAGAAACAGCAGAUGCAGCUCCAAAUAAGGUUCCUAAACUUGAAGAAUCCUCAAAUGUCAAGCAAUAAUUUGGAAUCUAUAUAUUUAUUUAAUUUAUUAUAAUAUUCCUCCAGUUUUAAAUCGUUGGAUUAAUUUUUAUUUUUUAACACUCAAAAUUAAGUACUUUGUAUUUUAAUUAAUUAAGUG